UUUGUUUGAAAGCUAAGGGCUAACAGCUCUGAAAUGACAGGAAUACCGUACUUCAUCGCUAUAUCUGGCGUGCUGUUUGUAGGCGUCCAGGUCAUGUUUGAAGUCCGUGCCAGCGAGGCCAGGCGUGGCAUCAACAUCCGCUACUAACGCAGAAUCAAUAAAACAGCAUUAUUACUCCAUUUACGCAGUGUAGAGAGGUAUUACAUAAUAUAUGUAAAUCAUGACAUAAUACACUACGCGGCUGGGCUCGUCUCAGUUCGCGCAUCCUCCUCGUCUUCCUCCUCGUCUUCACCACAAUCCGUGUUCAAAAGCAGAGAACAAAGCGACGCGAUGGUUGUUCUUAAGCUGAACCCACAACUGCUCAUGCAGCAGGAGCAAACAAUGACCUCCGCCGCGUCCUCCCCCGUGGCCGCUUCAUCACCACUCCCAUCGUCCCCUGCGCCUUCUGAUCUCGACCUCGAGUCCGCUGCAGCAGCAGCAGCAGCAGGAAGAGGAGGACCAGCCACAACCUCUGCAUCAGCAGACUCAGCGUCUACAUCUACAUCCACAGCAGCAACAUCCGCCGCUCCGAAACGAAAGAUCUCAUCGACACCUCAAUCCUCCGCGAGCGUAAAGCGCAAACGACUCGCCGGCACCGCGAGCGCCAGCGCCUCCGCGCAACCCCCUUCGUCACCCUUACUCGCGCCCGCCACCGGCGCGACAUCCGACGCCUCGGUCUCCGGCACGCCCGCGCCUACCCACCCGCCGAGCCACCACGCCCCGCACUCGAAGCUAGGUCCGAAAGCGAACCAGGGCUCGAUCAACGCGCAGCUGCGCGCGCUGGAUAGGUCGGGCAGGCCGUGUCGGCGGUGGACGAAGGUGCCGGUCGAGCUUAAGAGUUUCACGGGGUGGGAGUGGACCGCGGGCGCGUGGGUCGGCGACGCAAAGUCUGAGACGGUCGGGUUGAAACCGCAGCAGGACGAGGAUGCUGCUGCUACUACUACUACCGCCAAGGACGGCGGAAAGGAGGUCAAGCAGGAGACAGGGACGGGUGCGAUUUCUGCACCGCCUGCGCCGCCGCCGCUUACAAUCACGAUUCCGUCGCUCAACAGGUCAAAGAGUUCAAAGGAUGGGAAGACGCCGGCGAAGUUCCCGGCGAUUCUGCUCAAGGCGUCUGCUCAAGAGUCUGAGGCGUAGUCUAGUUGCUUGCAUUUGUAUUGUCGUUGUCGUUGUUGGAUGUUGUUGUGUGAUGUUGUGAGGUCUUUUGGCGUUCCUGGGUGUGCAUUUAUGUAAAUAUAUAGCGUUCAAAAGUCAACUAUUAGAUAUCGUCAACUGAGCUAUGAUAUCAGUAUGAGGAAUGCAGACUAUUCUACAAACUAGGUAAAAGUCUUAAUAGUAAUGAAAGCACAUCAAUU